CUUGUAUUUAAUCCGGAUUCUCUCUCAACUUUUCAUUUGAUGUUGUUUCUGUAGCUAUAUCACCUUGUAUCGAUCAUACCCAAUGGUUUUCAAUAUAGAUAAUAAAAAGAUCCUUAAAAACUUGAGCAAGGCCUUCAUUGCUGGAAGUGUUCUAGAUCAUGAAAAGAAAAAAGUUAAAAGGGAAAUAAAAGAAGAUGUGAAUGAACAAAUCAAAGAAGAAGUUAAAGAAGAGGUAACAGAAGCAAAGGAAGAACUCAAAGAAGAAGCACCCGAAGCACCCAAGGAAUCACCCAAGGUCAAGUCUAAACCAAAGGCAAAACCAAAGGUUCCAAAGCCCGAAGGUCCAAAAGAGUUUGUCACUGUUGAUAAGAUCAGAAAUAAGAGAAUUGUUAAAAUUGGUAUGGUGGCUGCGACUAAAGAACAUACUAAGAUCCAUAAUGUUCCUAUCAAAGUUCAAGAUAUAUUUCUUAGAAAUGCCAUUAAUGAUGAGCCAAACUACAUUUACUUCAUGAUUGAAGGAUCACCGUUCUUGCAUCCUAGUGUGGUUAAUGAAAGUGUCAAAUUAUACGUUGAUAAUAUUAUCAAAAGCGACGACGAAACUAUUGCCAAACUCAGCGAAGCUCUUCAAGCAGCAUCAGCAGAAUUAUCAGAAACUUUACCAAAACAAAAGGAAAUUGAAAAAAAAGGAACCGUCCUUAUUAGAAAAAAGAAGAAGUUACCUCCUCCCACUAACCAAAAAGAAAAUCAAGCUCGUAAGAAUAAAAUCAGAGAGAUUAAAGCUUUGAAAAAUGAAUUAACUAGUACAAUCAACAAAAUCGAAUCCCUUGAAGGCCAAAUUCAAGGUCUUAAUGAUAAACUUAAUUUUGCCAGAAUUACUGCAAAUGCAAUUAAACAAGUCAGAUUUGUCACUAAAGAUGCUAGGAUACUAGCAAUGUCUCCAUUUGCAAGCUGGGAGAAAGUUUCAUCAAAUGUUGAUUUUAGAAAAUAUAUUCUGCAGAAGUGGAAUAACGUCGAAAUCCCCAUCAAGGAUGACCCGCAAAAUGAGAAGUUUAAAUUGGUUUAUAGACCUUCUAGUUCAAACGGUAUCAUGUUGGCUAAGUUUGUUUUCCCAUAUUCUGAAGAAGGUAAUUGGAAAAAUAUCUUAACCUCCGGCUUUUUGGGUAGCGGGGAUACCUUAUUCCAUAAUUCAGACCCAAAGGCCGUUUCGGCUAAGAAAGCUGAAGUGCCUGACUUAGAAGAUUUAUAUUACGUUUAUAUCUGCUAUACCAUGGGUCUGAAGGAUUUACCUCCCAAGACAUCAGAAAAUUUUCCAAAGGUUAAAUUUUCAGCAUUGUCAAAUACCCAACUUUGCCAAAAUUGCAGUCAUACCGGUCACCAAACCAGCAAAUGUAAAAAAAUUGUAAACGCCCAAUAGCCCUACCUAAUGCCUUACGUGUAUAUUAAUGAAUAAAUGAUG